UGGUUUGCGUACGCGGAACUAGUCUCGGAGGGCUUGGAACUCUUGCUUCGAUUAGAAGAUCUCGUCGCGACGGGAUAGAGACUCGGUCUCCGAAAAUCUGACCGUUGUCGGCGUUGAUUGCGACGAGAUUGGAACAAGCCAAGGGGUUCUCGAGUGCCGUCGCUGCUCACUCGAUGUCAUUUUUGUCGGUAGAUUGCCCGUUAGAGGUUGUCGCCGAGAUGUACAAGCGCUCGCUAAUUUUCUUCGUUUUCGCGAGUGGAAUACUAUGCAACGAAGGGUCAACCGUAGUCGACGUACUCGAACCGAGUCAAAGACAGAAGAGGCAGGCCAACGGAACGCGUUCAGAUUCACCGUCGGUAGUGAACAUGAACGGUCACUUUAAUUACCAGGCGACGCAGCAGAUAUUUUUCAUUAACGGAAUGCCACAGAAGCACCGCAAAGGUCUCAAGAGUUGCGUGAGCUACGUAGAAAGGGACGACUACGUUAUCACCGUGGGGGUAGGCGUUCACAAGUUUCACCGACGCAGACUGAUGUGGAAUCAAGCUCGCAAGUCCUGCCUGAACGAAGGAGGUCAGUUGGCCGUGUUGAACUCGGAUCGCGAGGAGAAGCUGUUGACGAGUUGGAUAGGAAGGGAGAACUUUGAACGCGCCUUCGUAGGAAUCCACGAUCUGUACGAGGAGGGCGAGUGGUUAACCGUGGCCAGCGAGUCGUUGGAGGCUACAGGGUUCGAGAGAUGGUCGACGAAUUGGCCGAACCUGCCCGACAAUUUGGGUGGACGACAGAACUGCGGCGUCCUGGAGAAAUCGGGCGGCUACGACGACAUAGACUGCGACGCGACGCUUCCGUACAUCUGCGAGAUCAGCUUGUGUUAACGCAUCCACCUAACGCUUUCUUCCUAUGCAACUGAAACUUACGUUUGUCGCAUUUAAACUAGUACUUCUUUUCGCGACCUCGUCGAAUUCGCGAAUCCUGCGCGGAUCAAUUCUCUUCGAAAUUAAUUUAUUUAGUUCCGUGCCCAUGUACGGGCGACGCGGCGAUCAACGUGGUAAACCGCGACGCGAAACUUCUUUCAAAUUACGAGCAAAAAAAGUUGACGGAACAGGAUCGACCAGUUCGACGCAGCAAAAAUGAUUGUACGACGAAUAUAUCCAUCCGAACGAUUCCGUUGCGUCUGCGACCGUCCGCUGAUCGAAACUGGAUCAUUUUUGUACGCGCGAGUCGAAUUCGAGGGGUACGUCGUGCGUCGAGUAGUCGUCGCGUUACAUCGAGAAGAGUCGUCGACUAAGAGCUACGCAUUGUAUUCGUCGCUUAUUAUUGAAAUUAAAGUAUGCUAACAUCUA